UGCUGACAGAUCAAGGCAACAAAUUUCAAUUACAAGCCCUAAUUUGUGUCCGCAGAGCGUUUGUUACCCAUGUCAGUCCUGCCUGGCCCAUCAGAAGGGGCAGAACGCGGAGGAGGAGGAGGGGGAGAGAAGAAGCGCAUCUGCAGAAAGAAGUAGAUUUUUUUUCCUCUAAAAAAAGCCAACCCAAAUCGACUCUCCCCCCCCCCCCCCCCCAAAAAAAAAAAAAAGCAAAACAAAACAACAACUUGGCUGAUAACUCGGAUUUAAAAAGAAAGGCGAGGAAAAGCCCCAGCCCCUUGCCGGCGCGGUCGGGAGGACGGGCGGGCGGCCGGGUGCGGUGCCGGCGCCGGCGACCGCGGCGCGCCUGGAUGCGCGGGCUGUAGGGGGGCGGGCAUGGCCGACAAGCGGCGGUCCUCGCCCGGCACCACCAUGAGCCUCAAGGCUCACGCCUUCUCCGUGGAGGCGCUCAUCGGGGCCGAGAAGCAGCAGCCGCCGCCACCACCACCGCCGCGGCAGCCGAAGCGGAGGAAGCUGGGCGGCGAGGACGAGGCGGCGGAGGACGAAGGGGGAAGCGGCUGCUGCGCCAAGAGCUCCCCGGCUGCUGCCGGCAGCAGGACCUGCGGCGACAUGGAGCUGGGCUGCUCCGUACGCGCCCCCGCCGGCGGCUGCGAGGAGGGCUUCCCAGCGGCCUCCCCACCCGCCUCCCCCGGCGGCUCCCCGAAGGGCUCGAGGCCCGGAUCGCCGCUGGCCGCACCGCAGGCGCCGCGGGUGGACCUGCAGGGCGCCGAGCUCUGGAAGCGCUUCCACGAGAUCGGCACCGAGAUGAUCAUCACCAAGGCGGGAAGGCGGAUGUUUCCCGCAAUGAGAGUGAAGAUCUCAGGUUUAGACCCACAUCAGCAAUAUUACAUUGCUAUGGAUAUUGUGCCAGUGGAUAACAAAAGAUACAGGUAUGUUUAUCAUAGCUCCAAGUGGAUGGUGGCUGGUAAUGCUGACUCCCCAGUACCCCCUCGUGUUUAUAUUCACCCUGAUUCACCUGCCUCCGGGGAGACGUGGAUGAGACAAGUGAUUAGCUUUGACAAACUGAAGCUUACCAAUAAUGAGCUGGAUGAUCAAGGGCAUAUUAUCCUACACUCUAUGCAUAAGUAUCAGCCUCGUGUCCAUGUCAUCCGAAAAGACUGUGGAGAUGAUCUGUCGCCCGUCAAGCCUGUCCCUUCAGGAGAAGGGGUGAAAGCCUUCUCCUUUCCAGAGACAGUUUUCACUACUGUCACAGCAUACCAAAAUCAACAGAUAACUCGUCUGAAGAUUGAUAGGAAUCCGUUUGCCAAAGGCUUUAGAGAUUCGGGACGUAACAGAAUGGGACUGGAAGCUUUGGUAGAGUCUUAUGCGUUCUGGAGACCUUCACUGAGAACACUGACCUUUGAAGAUAUACCUGGGAUACCCAAACAAGGAAAUGCAGGUUCCUCUACUUUGCUCCAGGGAUCUGGCACUGGAGUGCCAUCUACCCACCCUCACCUUUUGCCGGGUUCCCCUUGCUCAUCUCCAGCCUUCCACCUCAGUCCCAACACUAGCCAGCUCUGUAGCCUUGCUCCAGCUGACUACACAGCUUGUGCCCGGUCAGGCUUGACCCUGAACAGAUACAGCACUUCUUUGGCUGAAACUUACAACAGGCUCACAAAUCAAACCAGUGAGACAUUUGCACCCCCAAGGACUCCCUCCUAUGUUGGUGUGUCAAGUAGCACAACUGUGAAUAUGUCUAUGAGUGGCAAUGACGGGGAUGCAUUCAGCUGCCCGCAGACUGGCUUAUCUAUGCAGAUUUCAGGGAUGUCUCCACAGCUCCAGUACAUCAUGCCAUCCCCAUCCAGCAAUGCCUUUACCACUAAUCAAACCCACCAAGGCUCCUACAACACAUUUAGACUGCACAGUCCCUGUGCGCUCUAUGGAUAUAACUUUUCCACAUCCCCUAAACUGGCUGCCAGUCCUGAGAAAAUUGUUUCUUCCCAAGGAAGUUUCUUGGGGUCCUCACCAAGUGGAACCAUGACGGAUCGGCAGAUGUUGCCCCCUGUGGAAGGAGUGCACUUACUUAGCAGUGGGGGGCAGCAGAAUUUCUUUGACUCUAGGACCCUAGGAAGCUUAACGCUCUCGUCUUCUCAAGUGUCUGCACAUAUGGUUUGAUGAAACCUUUAAGUAAAAGUACAGUAUGUUGGUAUCUACAAUAUAUUUCUUUCGCAAUAUGAAAGGACACUCGGUGUAGCUUGUAAAGUGUGUGUAUAUAUAUAAUAUGAGAGGAAGUUUCACUGAAUUUUUGACUUGCUUGUGGCCAGAUUAUUCUCCUAUUUUGUGUUACACAGAAUUUUCUGUGGCGUAGACUGCUUUAGUUUUCUGGUAUAAUACCCUUAGUUGUAUAACACGUUGGGACAUAUGCAACAAAUUAAGUAAGACUUCCUCCCCUUUCCCCCUCCUCUGUUCUAACCCCUUUAAAGAAUGAAAUAACACUUGGAGUAUUAAACAACACAGACAAGCCCACUUACACUUCCUAGAGUACUAGUGAGUUUCUUUUAAAACAUUGACACGAUAAGCUGAUGCACCAAAGGCAUUUUACAAGUUUCUUCUCUGUUACAAGGGAUAUGAAGGGUAUUUGGACUUUUAAGUGUUAAGAAUCAAACAUCCAGCCUAAAAUAGAAGUUUAGCUAAUGGAUUAUUUACAAAGUAAACAGAAAGAUUAGCUUGCCUUCUCAUGAUACACUGUUUUCAGCUUUUCAAUGGCACAUCAUUCUUGCUAGGAUUUUCUUUCAGCAUUAGCCUACACUUAUGAUUAGGUAUUUGAAGAUAAAUAAUGCGUAUUCAGAUAGUGGUGAACGGAGUAAUUUAAACCGACAGCAGAAGAAGAGGCAUUCCUUAGUACAGAAUGAACUUCGGUGUGCUUAAUUUUUGUCAAAGGAAGGGCUUGAUGCAUUUUUUUUCCUGCAUAAAUAUUGCCUAUAAGACAUUUACUGGACAGUAGGAUAAUCUAAUGUAUCUUUGGUUUUGUAUUUUUACUUUUUUUAAAGGAAAAUGCAGGUUUGCUUGGGGGGGGGGGAAGGCAAGGAGGAUGAGAAGUUUCAUUAUUGAUUUUACCCAUCUCUGUGUGUGUUGUGUUUG